CAACGCUCACCAGUCUGCUGUUUUUAUUUUUGCUUUCUACGACCUCGCAUUCCAUGUCGAAUUCGCAGCUUGAGCUCAGCCAGCUCGCUGGGGGAGAUGUCCUAAGGCAGGCUCUGAGCAUCGUGUAUGGCGACAUUGCAUACAGACGGUUUAACCUCGGCGAGUACCGCAUUGUUGCCGAGCUGGCCACCGUCUGCCGCACCUGGCACCUGGCUCUGGGCAAGUACCUUUACCGCACAGUAUUCAUCGAGCGUGUCUUUACGGAUGGCACCACCGACGGCGACGGAGGAUCCAAAAAAUCCAAGUUCGUGACCAAUAUUGGUGCUAUAGUUGCUGCGGGCAUGUCCGGCCACACACAGCACAUCAGGGCGCGAGCCAUCAUGCGGCCAGUGAGAACACCGCGGUUCGACCGGAUGCUCGAGUUCUGUGGGUUCGGGUCCGCCGACUGGGGCUCGGUCAGGACCAUAUCGUUCAGGGCGGCAUUUAGAGACGACCGAAAUGCCCCUGUUGAUGAGCAUGCCCAGGAAUCCGCUGCCUACCUCAUCCGGCAUCUGCCAGGGCUCACAGACAUUAAGGGCAGUGUCUCCAUCUACUCGCCGGUCAUCAGCGGGAUCUAUUCACGCUUAUUGCACCACUUCAUGCCCCAGCUCAAUAUGCUCAUCAUCGGCAAGCACCUGUCAAAAUUCAAGCUCGACCAGUUUCCUGAGAGCAUUACAGUUAUAACACUUGAUGCACGCUCGCUGGCCCAGGCUGAGGGCAUUCCUCGUGUCCUAGCUGCACCACUGCGGACAAUGACCAUCACCAACGUCAACAGCGACUUUUCGUGGGAUCUGUUUGUCGGACCUGCCUCUGGUUGCCUCGAGUUUCCCAGCCUGGCGAAUCUUAGUCUGAGCUGCCAGGAGGGCCAGAUCCCGCUCAAGCUCGACAGUGGCCAGAUCAACGCAAGGUUCCCACGCCUCCGGACUCUGCACAUUGGGCGCCCAAGCUCCUUCUUUACGGACCCCUGUACUGUUCUCGGAGGCUUACGUCUAGAGUCAUUGACUAUCCACGAGGACAUUAGUCGCCUUGGGAAAUUCGACCCGCGACUGAUUACUGACUUGAAACAUCUUGAGAUUGAGACGGCGAAUGGUAUAAUCCAGCUGAAUGACGCCUGGAAUGUGGCCAUAUCACAGCUGCUCACAACAGAGUCGCAGGUCAGAGCGGCUAAGCUGAGCCUCCUACCAUCGCCAUCUCCAUUCAGCGGAACUGUCAGAUGGCCAUAUCUUCAGAAGCUGGAGCUCAACGUGAUGAGAUACGACUGGGAGGGAUACGAGCGGCUUAUAUCGCAACUGCCGUGUCUCAGGAGCCUGAGGAUUAGACACGGGAGCAGUGAUUACCAUGCUGAACCGCUUGGUGAACCCAGCGAUGUUAAGAGCUCUAUCAGCAUAAGCCUAGAAAAGCUGGUCAUUGAUAGCGCAGACUAUUCAGUAGGCAGCCAUUUGCCGUGGGUAGAACAGCUGGUGCUGCGAAUUCCCUCGCUGAUGACGCUGUGGGUCCCACCAAAUGACAAGCCAUACUUUGUCGGGCUGAUAGCCUUACACAAACGGGAUAUUUGUGUCAACGACUAUGAAGAGUAGAUGAGUAAAAUGGCUGAUGUAGUCGAAAUCCUCUUGCUACAGCAAACUGUGCAGGCCACGCAACGCCAGUAAUAUUAGAAAUAGAGAGGUUGGUUUGAUGAAAUGUUUAUUAAGACUCCGCCAGAGGGUACCGGAU